UAUUAUUAUGAUUAUGUGUAAUUCACUGGUUCUAUAAUAUUAUAUAUAUAUAUAUAUAGAUAGCCAUAUAAUAAUGCUAUACACAAAGGUGAAAGAGUAUAAUAGGUACCUAUAUGUACAUUAAUUUUCCUCGCACCUCUUGCCCAGUUUAGUAUACAUAUUUUGUAUGUUCACAGUAUGUUUUAUUUUCACCGCGGUAAUUUCACUACGUUCAAGGGAAGAUAUCCCGCUCGAACACACUGCAGAUUUUACCGUAAUACAAAUCACGGGGAGAUUUCACACUCGUUGUCCACCUAUUUGCCACCCACACAAAAAUAUUUACCGUAUAGCAUUUUACAGGGAGAUUUCGCAUUUUUUGUCCACGAAUUCUCCACUUAAACAAAAUAUUUACCGUAUUUUAAAAUUACAGGGAGUUUGCACACUCAAAAUAUAUUACCAUGAUCAUCAUCUAAAUAAAUUAUUUACAAACUAACAACAAUAUUGAUAAUGAGUUAAGUAUAUUAUUAUUAUGCUAGUCCUAACUCCUAGGUAGGUAUUAUAGUAAUUAGUAAAUAGUAGGUAGUAUAUUAAAAUGUAUACAUUAUAAUAUUAUACUGUGGAACUGUGUUUGAAUACAAAGGGGUGGAGUACCUCUUCUUUUUUAAAAAUAUUUUUGUAUUUUUGUAGUUCAUAUUAUUAUGUAGUAUAUUUGCCAUGAUAUUUGUGUUGAGGUCUUACGAUUAUAUAUAUAUAUUUUUACACCCACCCAGUUCAGACAUGAAGCAAUUACUUAAAAUAAUCAUAUAUCCCGCCGCCACAGGUUUACUAUACUCCGUUCACUUUAAGAAUAUACCACUUGGUCGACCAAAACUCAUCUUGUUCGUGCCCAUAAAACGGACACUACAGCGAGCGUUAAUGUCGGCCGCCACGGAACUGCAUCUGUAUACGUAGGUAGUGAGUUGUAUUAUCAGUUAUCACACUAUUAAUCGUUUGAUUCCACUCGCGGCGUAUACGUUUACUCUUGCGAUUAUCACACAUGUAUUUUAUUUACAUACAAUAAUAUUCCUUUGCUAAUUAUUACCUUUUUUGUUUGUACAUUUUGUUAUUGUUUAACAAUCGCCAAAGCUGCGAUGUUUGUAUGAUUCUCUGAUCAACGACGGUUUCCGAUGUCUAUCAGCCAAUCACAGAACGCAAAGCGAUUAUCGGCAGCUCAGUCUUUGGGCACGAAAGCGGUAUAUAUUCUAACCAUAGACGCGUAUUAAUAAAUGGACUGCGCUUUCCUCACCCCCCCAUCUAUCCGAAUCUGAAAUGUAAAUUGUGUGAGUGAGAUAGAAACUGUUGGGGGCAUAGACCUAUAAUAGUUUAAUGGACAGCGCAUUCCACUCCACCCUGCCAUCAAUGCACGGGAAUCAUAUAGAGAAAGAAAGAAUAAAGAACGAAGAGAUUAAAGAGAGAAAGAACAUAAAGAGGGUAAUCAUUAACAUAAUAUGAAACUAAUACUAUAUUUCCCCCACGUUCUCUUUUCUCUUUUACUCUAUAUCGUACCCCUGACUUCUCUCUGAGCGCAGUCCAUUUAUUUAUAUGUCUAUGAUUCUAACUGUAAACGCAGUUAUAACUUAUAGUGUAUACUUAUUACUUAUUACUUAAGUCUGUAAUCAGUAACCACUAAUCAGCAUUUAUAAUUUAUAAUAUUAUGAUGUUGGCACUUGGCGUACGUGCGAGUUCUUCGCUCGUUUCUCCAACUCGCAAUACGUACCUAUUGUUAUUAUUCUAUAAAUAAAUGGAUUCCCAGUAACGGGCUCAUAAUUCUUACAAUAAAUAUUGUGUGCUUAUAUUUUUUGUGCCGCUGUGUUGUGACUUGUCGCACUUGAUAGUGUUUGCCAUCGCACUAUCCGACUCUCGUAGUCGCAUAUCUCGCGUAUAUUGUUACUUAUAUUAGUCCACGCGUACUGUAAUAACUUUAAGUUUUAACCGUACAAAUUGUUUUCAGCUAUAGUGCUGUACCUAUAUUGUUAUUGUUAUAUUGUUAAAUUGUGUUGUGUUUCAACUUGAUCGAGAUCUAUAAGUUCAAUAAACCAGUAUAAAAUGUGGAUCAUAGUUAGUUUUGACGAUGAAGAUGCUGUAGAAGCUGUUCCUGCUCACUGGAUUAAAAAUAACAUGUGUGCCUGGCCAAAAAAAGAUACAAAAAAACAUAUACAACGUAGGACUAUUCCAAAUAAAUUUGAUUUUAAUUAUUUUAAAUCAAGAAUUUUGAAAAAAGGCAUUGGAACAUUACAUGAAGCUCGAGAAAUGGUUAAAUUGGCAGAGGAGACAAGUGACCUAUCUAAUAUAGAAAACACAAAAAGGAAAAAAAAAACUACAAUCAAAAAUGUAGAACCUCCUCAGUAUAUUGAAAAAUUACAAUUACAUAAAAAUAAACAAAAUGAUGAUUUAGUUUCUAGGGAGGAUUUUGAUAGGUCAAUAACAUUUGAGACUUCACCCAAAAAGCAGAAAACAGUUACAAGUUAUGAUUUUAACCAAAAUUUAGAACAUAACUAUAAAGAGAUCAGUACAAUAGAGAAUUGUAAGACACAAUCAUUAAAAUCCAAACUAAAUAUGAUUGGUUCUAGAUUUUCAAAUGAAGGUCAUACUAAUCAUCAGAUGUCAGAUUGCUCUCCUUCAAAAGUAAAAAGAACUCUUUUUAAACCAAUAAGUACAUCAAUUCAAGAGAAUAAGUCUUCAUCAACAACUCCAGAAAGUAAUCAUGAAAUAUCAUCCAUCGUAUAUACAUCAUCUUCUCCAUUUAAGGUCAUAUCACAAGACAACUAUCAAUCAUUAAUUCCUGAUGUUCAUGAAGAAAUAGUGUUAUCAGAUUAUAAUACCAAACAGUUAUCAAAUCUUAGCCAUAGACCAUCCACAUCAACUAAACACAAUUGUAAUGAUGAUUUAAAAAUCAAAAACAUGAUGCCUAAGCCAUAUUCAUCUACAAAAUUCAAUAAUUAUAUUAUUAAAGAUCACAAAAGGAUGAAUGAAGUUUCACCGCAGAGUAAUUUAGCCAUCACACCAAGAGGCACCAAUUCAUCUGACCAACAUUCUGAUAUUUUGAACAGGAUCUUAAAUGUGGUAUUAAAGAUUAGGUAUGAUGUACAGUCCAUUCAACAGAAGCAGAUGGAAAUGGAACAGGCUCUAACAGUUGCAAUAAAUCAAGUAAAUGAAACCAAAGGCUCCACUCACCAAAAUAUAUCAACAGAAGCAGAAGAUUUUUAUUUAAUGAUUCCCAUAAUGGACGAAGAACAAUUAUUUAUAUUUGAAGAAAAACUUUUGGAAAAGUCUUAUAAAUUAUGUGUUGUAAAUGAGCUCAAACGUCUUCAAAAAAAAGAACUUAAUUCUACGGUAAGAGGCUUACUAAAAGCACUUUUCAACGAUGAUGUCUUAAAAGAAUAUAGUUAUGUUGGGCAAAAAAAAAAGAAAAUUUUCUGUUCAUUAAGAUCAUGUGCAAUAGUUUUUGAAACGAUUAGAAAAAUGAAAAACUUCCAAAGUUCAACUAACGCAACUAUUGAAGACCCAAUUAAAAAAUACAUAGCUGGUGCUGGUUUUAGAAAAUCUUCUAAAAAUAUAGAUUAACCAAAAAUUUUAAAUUUCAAUUAUUCUAUUAAAACAAACAUUUUAAAGAUAUAAAAUACCUGUUUAUUAAGUUCAUAUUUGUAUUGUAAUAUUACAAAAGUUUGUUAUUUUUAUUUUAUGAUACUAUAAUAAUAUUAUAUAUGCCUAUAAAUAUUAUUUUACAAGCUAUUCAUUAUAUUUUCCUUAUUUUAAAUAAAAAUUAGAAAUAUUUUAUUUUUUUGUUUACUGACUGCAUUUUAAUUUAAAUAUCCAUACAGUCUUGAAUGGUAUAUAUAAUAGCUUUAUGUUAAACUGAAAUGUACAGCAAACUAAGAAUAGAUGCUUUUUUUCUAACUGUUAUUUCAACAGCCUAAGGUAUGUUGGCUUAUGGAAAAACUGUUUACAAAAUUCAUUAAAUGUGUAAGUCAAAGUACAUAGGUAUCAUUUUGUAAGCAAAA